GCCGGCGCAGGCGGAAGCCCCGUGGCGGGCGGCGGGGGAGCGGAGCUGUCCCGCGCGCUGCACGAGCGGCGGUAGAAGACCGGCGGCGUUGCCGCCGCCAUGGGAGCGGAGCAUAGCGCGGAGGCCGAGAGCCGCCCGGGCGAGCCCAGCGCCUCAGCAUCUCCAUCGCCAGCCAAACAACGGGCAAAAAUGGAUGACAUUGUGGUGGUAGCCCCUGGAACGCAGUCCUCACGGAAUGUCAGCAAUGAUCCAGAUGUCAUAAAACUGCAGGAAAUUCCAACUUUCCAGCCCCUUUUGAAAGGACUCCUCAGUGGGCAGACUUCGCCAACCAGCACCAAACUGGAAAAGCUGGACCCCCAGCAGGUGCUACAGCUCUGUCUUCGGUAUCAAGAUCAUCUUCACCAGUGUGCAGAAGCGGUUGCCUUUGAUCAGAAUGCACUUGUGAAGCGGAUCAAGGAGAUGGACCUCUCCGUGGAAACACUUUAUAGCUACAUGCAGGAGCGGCAGAAGAAGUAUGCCAAGUAUGCGGAGCAGAUCCAGAAGGUCAAUGAGAUGUCUGCCAUCCUCCGCCGCAUACAGAUGGGCAUCGACCAGACGAUACCGCUGAUGGAGCGACUGAACAGCAUGCUGCCCGAGAGCGAGAGGCUGGAGCCCUUCAGCAUGAAACCUGAGCGGGAGCUGAAGGCUUAGUGGCUCCGCAGCCUCCCCCUCCUCACCUUCCACGCUCCCGUGUUGAGCAUAGACAUGCUUCUAGCGGGCAGGAUGGGCAGAGGUUGGAAGCGGGCAGGCGGCGCGGCCCGACUCCCUGCCAGGGCAUUGGAGGAGGAGUGGUGGCAGCUGCCAGGACUGCGCUGCCAGAGGUCCAGGAGCUCCCCAGCCCUGUCCUCUGGAGAUGAUUUAUUAGUCGUUCGUCUCCCUCUUCUUGCCCUCCUGCCUCGUUUACCGCUCCCACAGCCUGUGCUGAGACAUUUGUUUCAUUGCUGGGACUAGAUUAGGGUUGACAGAGGAGUUUUCUUUCAUCUGAUUUUUGAGGUUUUUUACUAGAAAAAUUCAAAGGGAUAUAGGGUGUUACAAACCCUCUAACCUGCUUUUUUUUGUGCCACUGGGGUUUAUACAAUUAGAUGGCUGGCAGGUAUUUCUGAGAUCCCCUGGCCUUGGAAAUAUGUGUUUUAUAGGUGAAAGUGCGGGAGCCAGGAACUGACUUAUUAAAAUCUGCCUAUUAUCAUAAUUAACGUGGUUUGCAUGGCAGGGUUUUGGCACGUCCUCCUUGAGGCUCCUGUUUUUAUGAGCUCACUAAUUUAUGACACUGUAAAGGAAUAACUGUUCCAGACAAAUAGGAGCAAGCCUUAUUGUUCCUCUCCCCCUUGCCCUGGCCACAUCCCCAUGUCCCUCACCUCACACAGUGAUUCUGACAGGCAGUGGCACUGACCUACUCACUUUACAUCCCAAAGUUAGACCCGAGGUGUCUUUUUUAACUUUUAUUGGGACACUCCACUUAUCUUGGUGCUGCCUUUUCUAUCAGAGGAAUAAAGUUGUUUAUUUACCUUCAAGUGUAUGAAGUUGGAGAGAGGAGACAAGAGAGGCCCUUUGGGUCUUUGAAUUGGCUUAGCUGCUGCCAGGCCAAGAACUUUCCUGAGCACAGUGUUUAAUGACUGAAACUACAUGGCCAACUGAGACCGCGCUCAGGGAAGUGCUCCAAAGGCAACAAGAUGUUCUUGCCUUCUCCCAAGCCAAGGGCCCCACUGGAAGGCAGGCAAUGUGUCUGCACCUCCCAGGUCCUGGGCUGGCCCACAGGAGAUGGAUUGGUUGACAAGCCUGUCCCCGAUCUGCUGGCUGCAGGUAAUUUGCAGCACCUCUCUGAGCUUUGGUUUCCCUCCGUAUAAAAUAGGGAGAUAUUUGACACGCUGCUGUAUAAAACCACUUACAAAUGUAGAAAUAGGGCUUAACAGCCUGUGUCACCGUUACGUGGCAGCUCUUGUCCGCAGCAGAAAGAGCAUGAAACUGGAAGUGAGGAGCCGUUGGUUUGCUGGGUUAAGGGUAGGUUUGUGUUACAUCAGUCCCAGGAUACUGUUGCUGGUGAGGAGGCUGAAGCGCACCCGUGAACCCUAAGGAUGGUAGUAUGCCAGGAGCACAAUUCCAGUGCUGAGGGCAGCCCUCUUUGGGAGCCAGUGACAGCCCAUCUUACAGUACAGCACAAGGCUAGGUGACUUGCCAAAGGUGACUUUCUUCAAUACCUCUUUGUACUUAAGAGUUUGAAGAGUUACAGAUUGUCUCUGAGCAUUUGAGAGUAAAAGUGCAGUAGGUUUGUGACUGUAUUAGUGAGUGGCUGGUGGCAGGGGUGACAGGCCAUUCUCUCCUUGCUUUCCCAAAGGCCGUGUGGCCUAGAGUGAGGUUUUGUGACUCAGACUGCCGCCAAGUUCAGAUGUGUGUCUGAACCACAGCGGUGACUGGCUCCAGGGCCCGCUGAACACUGUUGGAAAGCAGAGUCCUGUAGAAAACAAUGCCCUGCUUCAGAGAGGGCAGGGAACUCGGCAGGAGAUUUUCUAGUACAUGCAGCAGAGCCAGCCUCCAUGUCUGCUGCUCCCACCCCAGAGUUGUUAGACAGUUGUAUAUAUGUAGGCGUAUGCUGUAUGUUGCACAGGAUGUAACAUCAGACUUCCAUCCUUGCUUAUGCCCCCUGCAGUGUUUUAUACUUUGUUCAAAGCUUACAUGAGACUUCAUAGACCAUGAAAACCUGCUUGUCAUGGCUAUGCCCAUGAGAGACCUCAUUGUCCAUCAUGGAAUAUGCCUCAGCCUCCUGCCGUCAGACACUUCAGAAUAUUGAGCAGCUUGAAAUAGCGGCUGCAGGCAUUUUUGUCCUCUUCACCCAGAUGAUGCUGUCUGGAAGUUUAGAAUGUGCGACAUUCAGCCGUCUGCCAGACGGGAUCAUGGAUAUCCCACACCCUGGCGUGCUGGAAGCUUAUAGCGGUGGGAAGAUCCUGAUAUUGGAUUAGGCUGCAGAUGCUCUCUCCUGUAAAGCUUUUAGACAUUUGGCCUCAUGCUAUUAAGUACUGGAUCAAAGCAUUGCUGGUGGUGCUAAUGAGGGCGAGUACUAUUCCUUGUCUGAAAGCUGCAGGAGAGAGGGCUGCAAACCAGUUCCUUCCUUACUUGCUACAAAACAUCUGAUUAUUUUGAGAAAAUGCUUGUUCUUACAAACACUGGUCUUAAAGUUCGUGGCUAUGCAGCUGGGUUUCCCAGCUAGAGCUUUCUGAGCAGCAGGAGUAAGUUGUGGAAAACAGUAACAGCUUAACUAGAAAGAAACUGGAGCUGAAACAUGAAGGGUGACCUCUUCCAAAGCAGGCAGGUCAUCUUCAUUCCACAGGUGACAGCAUUGUAUGGGUAUGGUCAGAUAGUGUGCACCCUCUAACUGUUCUCAGAUGAUGGUUUACAGUUUUAUUUAAAACAAACUUUGUCACUGUCUUCAUUAACCGUAAGUCUUCGAGCCUCUCACUGAGGGGAAGACGUUUGCUGCCACACCUUCUUGAGCUGCCAUUUGUUGUUUGGCUGCUCCUCGUUAUUCGCUUUGCUUUGCAUGUGCCACUGCGGGCUCCAUCUCAGGCACAGGUGAUGCUCAAGGUGAGAGUGUUGCUUUGCUCCCUUUCCUACUGUUUGGCAGGAAAUUUAAGAUGUGACUGGAAUUACUUUUCUGCUUAUGGAUUUCCUUCUCCAAGGCAAACGCUGUUGGAGAAGGCCUCAGGUAUCUCUCCCAAAUGCACUAGCCAUUACUUCUAUGGCAACGUUAGUGCUAUGGACAGAGGAACAUAGUGCGUUCCACCAAACCCAAACAUUUCUGCCAUUUUCUGCGUGGCCUGGGGUACAGGUCUGAAAAGCUCGCGAACAGAGUGAGUCUUUGGGCCUGUGGUUCCCUGCCAGCCUGAGCUGCUCUGGUUCUUUCCUUGACUCUGCUGUUGCAGCCCCCACUUAGUGCUGCCGAUGGUGCUUGUUGCGUCCUGCACUAGUCAGUGUGCUACACGUGCAGAAGAGGUUUCCUUUGUUGUGUCUGUUAUGUUUUUUGUAAUUUAUUGCUUUGACAGGGUGCUAAAGUGCCAACCUAUCUGCAGGGCAAUUUCUGUGAAGACCUGGUAAAUGGGACAGAAAAGAGUUUUGGGGUUUUUAAAAAAUAUAUGUAUUUUAAAUUAAAGAUAUUUAAAUAUUUAAAGUAUAUUUUCCCCUCUUAUAAGCUUUCACACAGAAAGAUAAGUAGUACGCAUUCUCUCUCUCUCUAGGACUGUGUGCCAGUGGUUUCCUGAGGUACUGUUGUAACGUCCCUCCCGUGCUGAGCUGCCAGAGUGUAUUUUGAUUAGUAGCCUUGUGGCUGAGCACUCCUUAAUGUAUGGGGUGGUUGUCCCAUUAGCAGGCUCGCUCUCCUUUCUGCUCCCUCCAUGCCAUGUGUUCCACAGCUCCAAUAUUAAAACAUUUGGUAUUGCUCCUUUCCAA